GCUGAGGCUAAGGCUGCUUCUCCCUCCAUCACCGCCUCAUUUCAGCACACUGGGGAGAGAGAGGCGGUGAGGUCAGGUGUACCCUGCAAGGGUGAGGCAUCCCUCUUCUCUGCAGAGGUGGGGCUGCCUUGCGCCGAAUUGGCUCAGGAGUAUGCGAAUGUGAGAAUGCGUGAAUCCGUCUUUGCAGUGGACUGGAUCACAUGA